GCGGGGCGGUGCAGCCUUGGAGAAGCGAGUCGAGCGGCCGUGGAGGCGAAGAUGCGGUUUCUGCUGCUGCUGCUGGUGGCGGCGUCGGCGGUGGCCCGGAGCGAGGCCUCGGCCAACCUGGGCGGCGCGCCCAGCAAGAGGCUGAAGAUGCCGUACGCCACGGGGCCGCUGCUCAAGUUCCAGAUUUGUGUUUCCUGAGGGUAUCGGCGGGUGUUUGAGGAGUACAUGCGGGUUAUCAGCCAGCGGUAUCCAGACAUCCGCAUUGAAGGAGAGAAUUACCUCCCUCAACCCAUUUACAGACAUAUAGCAUCUUUCCUGUCAAUCUUCAAACUAGUAUUAAUAGGCUUAAUAAUCGUUGGCAAAGAUCCUUUUGCUUUCUUUGGCAUGCAAGCUCCUAGCAUCUGGCAGUGGGGCCAAGAAAAUAAGGUCUAUGCAUGCAUGAUGGUUUUCUUCCUGAGCAACAUGAUUGAGAACCAGUGUAUGUCAACAGGGGCGUUUGAGAUCACUUUAAAUGAUGUACCUGUAUGGUCUAAACUGGAAUCUGGUCAUCUUCCAUCCAUGCAACAACUUGUUCAAAUUCUUGACAAUGAAAUGAAGCUCAAUGUGCAUAUGGAUUCAAUACCACAUCAUCGAUCAUAGCCUCACCUAUCAGCCCUGAAAACUCUCUUACAUGAAGGGGUUUGCAAGAGCAGCGUGGCUGGCACCAUGAAGGCCUGCACUGAAGACACUUGCUGUUGGUGCAGACCAGACGCCUGCGGCCGCGCUGAACCUCUUGGGAAUCCUUGGUGCAGGAGGGCUUCUCAGUGCUGGCAUAUUUGGAAUUCUGCACAUUCGUAGAGUGCAAUAAUACUACUGUAUAGCUUUUCCUCCCAAAUUCACCCAGUUAAUAGUUUUUUACAUGUAGUCACUACUACUGUAAUUUUUUUCUUAGUCAUAUUUGAAAAGGUAGGAAAUUGAGUUACAAUUUGAUUUUCUUCAAGAUGUGUUAAAUUUGUUGUGCUUUUGUAUGAUUUUCAUUUUUCAGAGUUUAAAGUCAAUCUUUGUAAGAGUUCAUCAGAUAGCUCUAAUUUGGUCAUGUCCAAUUCAUAGUUUUCAAAAUACUCCAGAUUGUGAACAUGCAUUAUACAAGAUUAUGGGGGGAAAUUCAGUAUCCAGAAUGCUCUAUCAGAGUGUGUGUGUGUGUGUGUGUGUGUGUGUGUGUGUGUGUUUACCAGAGAAGUACAAAACAAACUGAUUUUUAAACCCUGUUGUGUAGUUCAUGUGUCUUGCAUUGACUAAUAAAUUAACUGGGCCUUUAUAUUUAACUAAAUAAAAAACUAAGUAGAUGUCA